AUGAGCAGACGGAUCAGAACAACAUGCCCGGAAAGAUCGGAUCCGCAUCGGCGCUGUGAGAGACAAAACAGAGUGAAGCACGGUUGCGAGCGGAUGCACAAGCUGCACGAACGCAUGUGGGGGGUCACGAGGACUUUUCAUGACCGGGUGUUUCGAGAAGAAACUUCGCACCCUCGCUCAGCGCGGGGGGAAGGACACGAGGUGGGGUUUCCGAUGGACGAAAACGCCAAACAAUCGGGUGUCCGCGGCGAAACGUGUGUGUUCGGAUGUCUCCGAUGUUUUCUUCAUGAUCUGCGAUCCCGAACGCUGUUACUUGGCAACACAAUUGCUGCAUUGGUCAGUUUGUGUGAGGGAACGUUAUCGGGAACGAGCGGAGGUGUUUCGGUGCGAGCCACGUCGCAGUCGAACCUGCACAGCACCUUGAAGUUAUGCCAAUCGAUGCUCUUCCAUAUCAAAGUUCCUGACGACCCAAUGAGAAUCCCCUUACACGGUAAGGCUUUCCAACAUCGGAAUUGGGGCGAUGGCAUUGGUCCGCCCCAGUGUUGCAUCAAUGCCAAGCCCUCGGCCUCUCGUCACUGA